AUGAGUCGUCGCUAUUCACAAACUCCCUUACGUACAGCAAGACCAUUUACAUCAACUGAACAUAUUUAUACAAAAAUACAAGUACAUUAUGCUGAUAAUAUUGAAGAUAUUGUUAUAAAAACAGACAGAGAACCAACAUGUGGUGAUUUAGCUGGAGCAAUACAAAAACAUUGUCGUGUUCCUGUUGGCAAGCAAAUGGUUUAUUUUCGUGGACAAGAACUUCAUCAACAUAAUGUAGCUGGUUAUCAACGUCCACUUUCAAGAUAUGGAAUGUUUUCAGGAAAUUUAGUUAGAUUAGUUGGUAGACGAGGACUUCUUUAA